AGCGACAUUCUUUCAAUUGUUCUUCAAUUCUUUUACGUGAUAUCGUGUCGAUAUUUCUGUCAAGGUUGGCAGAUGUUUAGUAUUACUUUCCGACUCAACAUUAUUUAAGAACACGAAUCAUAUUGUUCACGUUAUUACUACAGAAUCAAUCUUACAUUAACGGAAAUGUAUCCACGUGGUUAUGUGUGUACGGAAGUGAUUUUCAUAUCUGUUUACUACGAGAUUGACAGGCCCUGAGUGGGACACAUUGAUGGAGGUUCACCAUGAACCAAUUGAAAAAAAUUAUAAAUUAUUGGAAGAGAUUGGCAAAGGACAAUUUGCGAUAGUAAGAAAAUGUAUGGAAUUAAGUACUGGCGAGCUAUAUGCUGCCAAAAUUAUGAGGAAAAGACGUGUUGCCAGAGGGGUCGCAGCAGCAGAUAUUGCUCGAGAAGCAGGUUUAUUAGCACGAUUAAGACAUCCAAAUAUUGUUUCACUGCACAAAGUUGUAGACACAGGCGCAACAGUUGUCCUACUUUUAGAAUUAAUUUCUGGAGGAGAACUUUUCCAUUGGGUUCCAUCUGGUGAAUUAGAAGCUGCACAUGUGGUUCGUCAAGUUUUAAUGGCACUUAGUCACUUACAUUCUCAUCAAGUUGCUCAUUUAGAUAUCAAACCUGAAAACAUUCUUUUAUCGACACCACCACCAAUGCCAAAUAUAAAAUUAAUAGAUCUAGGUCUUUCACAUCGGUUAGUACCUGGAUCAGAACACAGAGCACUGUUUGGUACUCCUGAGUUUGUUGCUCCUGAGAUUGUAAAUUAUGAACCACUUAGCUUAGGAACUGAUCUUUGGGCAGUUGGUGUUUUAACUUAUAUUCUUUUAAGUGGUGCAUCACCAUUUCUAGGUGAAGAUAAACAAGAAACUUAUACAAAUGUGGCUGCUUGUCAAUAUCAAUUUGACAAUGAGUAUUUCAGUAAUGUAUCUGAAAUUGCCAAAGAUUUCAUAAGAUCCUUGUUGAUCAAGGAUCCAAAAGAAAGAGGAACUGCAGAGUCGUGCCUUAAACAUCCUUGGAUCCUCACGGAGUCAGAAGCCUCUCAAGGUCUUGGUGGAGCUAUGAUUAGUGCUGUUAAACGAGGCUGUGUUGAAGCUGUGUCUCAGUUAUUACUACAAGGAGCACCAUUGAAUGUAAAAGAUUGUAAAGAAGAUACACUUUUACAUAUAGCUUGUGAAUCAGGAGAUGAGGGAAUGGUAAUAUUUUUGAUAGACAGUGGAAUAGAUCUGGACACACCCAAUAAAAAGGGCUUAACACCACUACACGUGGCUGCUAGAUAUGGUUUCAUUAAUCUUGUUAGACAUUUGUGCCUUGCUGGUUGUGACGUUGACAAAACGAAUCGAGGAAUCAGAGCAGAUGUAACAGCAAUCAAGUAUGGACAUCCUGAUAUUGCAUCACUAUUGGAUAAACUGCGAAAUCCCAUUCAACGUGAAAAUUAUAUUAAACAAUUACAACCAACACAUAGACCAAUAGAUCGUCUACAUGUAAGACUUUUAGGACAUUGUGCAUCAGGAAAAUCAUCUUUAAUAAAUUCUUUAAAAUCUGGUAUUUUUAGUUUUGGAUUUUUCAGAAGAUCAAGAAGUCAAAACUAUACAGCAAAAAGGGAACCAAGUAUUGAAUUAGAUGUAACCAGUAAGCAUGGUUCGCUCAGUUUUGAAUAUAGCGAUAGUGAAUAUGAGGGUACACAAGGAGUAGAGUGGAGUCGAGGUAAUGUAGGUGGAGAGUGUGUUUUUUGGGAAUUAUGUGGACGUGAAGAAUUUUUAGCAUCUUAUCAUUAUGUACUUACUUUUCAACAACCUGCAGUACACCUUAUAACAGUUAGUCUUAGAGAACCUCUUACUGUACAACUUCAACAAGUCAGAUUCUGGCUACGAUUUAUUUCAGAUCGUAUUAUAUCAACUAAUUUUGGUUUUGGUGGUAAAUACAGUGAUGUUAAAGUAAUCUUAGUUGGGACCUACGCUCCAGAACCUCUUGCUCCAAAUUCGAAUACUGGUAGUCCUCUUGCACCACUUUUACCUUUUUUAAAAGAGUUCACGCCUAUUUUGGGGGAUGAACCUCAAAUGGUCGCAGUGGAUGCAACUAAUCCGUCUAGUCCUGGUCUAAAACUUCUAAGAUCAUACUUGAAUAAUGCAAGGAUGGAGUUUUUAGAGGAAGGACCGGAAGUUGCAGAAAGUAUUCUCCGACGUGACACGCCGCGGGCUGCGGCCACGUACGUGCCCUUGGCGAAUCUUGAUAAACAGAGUGCUCUAGUGUGGACUGGUCUUGCUGAAUCAUGGAGAGCAUACAUCCAAACUUUAGAGGUACCUCCAGUAAUGCUUACACAGGAGGAGUUUUUGAGGGAAGUGAGAAAAAUUAAUCCAUUAGUUUGUUUAGAACAUUGUCGGCAUCUUGGAUUGCAAUUACAGAAUUUAGGGGAAUGUAUGCUCCUUCCUGGGAAUUUAGUAGUUCUGAGUCCAGAAUGGUUAUGGCAAGAUGUAAUAAAUUGGCAACUAAGUCCAGAUCAAAAAGGACGUCUGGGAGGACGUACUACAGGAGUGUAUGCUUUGGAAGAUUUUCAGGCUCGUUGUCCGUGUCCCGCAAGUCAAGCUUUGCAAGCAUUACAAGCAGUAAAUUUAUGUGUUCCAUGUGAAGUUGAUGAAGACGAAGUAGAGUAUGAAAUACCCUGCUUAAACCUUGUUGAGCGCUUACCAGGAUUAUGGGAACCAUGGAAACCAUGUUCUAAUAUUCUACCUCACACGGGUCUUCGUCUUGCUCCGUCUGAGGCACCAUUGUAUCAUUUAAUUGCAGUAUUUCCACAUUUACAAGCACAACUAAGGAAAAUUACACAAUCGUGGGAUCCAUCGAAUUCAGAUUUAUAUCAGUGGUGGCGAGGAUCAAAAUUGUGUAUAGGACCUUGUGAAAGUAUCAUAACGUUUGAAGAGGAAGAUCAAAGUUGUAUGGAAAUACGAGUACGUGGACCACGAAGUACUAGUGCUCAAUGUUUUGCGCUUCUAAGCAUUAUUCUCGAUGCCAUCGAUACAACAAUUGAGUUUGUUGCUCCAGGAAUGUUACUUGAAAGACACUGGCUGAGUCCUAGUCAACUUCGUGAAUAUGAUGAAAUUAUACAUUCUUGGGAACCAGCACCUGUUAUAUCAUCCUUAAUAGACAAAGGUCUUGAAGAAGCAGUCCUUAAAAAUCCUUUAAAUGGUCAAGAAGAAACAGUAUGGGAAAUAGUAGGUUGUGGUUUACCUUUAAUGGAAAACUGUCUUCCUGGACCAAAACAACCCAUAAAGCAUAUAAAACCUGCUAUACAAAGAAGGUUAGCACAGAUGCUUGAUCCUCCCGAUCGUCAUGGAAGAGAUUGGUGUUUACUUGCAGUAAGACUAGGUUUGGGGGAUCGAGUCGCACAAUUGGAUAGCACUGUGGACAGUCCAACAUUAAGGUUGCUGAAUACUGCAGGCGCCGAUUGUUCCGUGGGUUCUCUGAUACAACAGUUACGAGCUCUUGAUAGAGAAGAUGCUGUGCAUCUUUUGCUUUCUUUUACACCAACGUAUAUAUUGUCAACGGCUAUCGAUUCUGAAACGGGAUCUAAUCUUUCUAGAUGACAAUGCUGCGUUUAUCCAUGGUGCAUUAAUACUUUCUAAACGAUAAAUUUCCAAUGGAAAUUCCACGUCGUGGAUUUAAUAGACUUACAACGUCACCGCUUCCGCCCAACAUAAAUUUUGCAUUGUUCUUUAAAUCUAAGUAUGUACAUUAACAGUACAUUGUAUGUGUACUUCUUUAGAGGCAUGUGGAAAUGCACACGCACCAAUAUGUACUUUUAUAUAAACUUAUUAACAAGCACUUCAUGCGGCACAAAAUUCUUUUAUAUAUAUACAUAUAUACAUAUACACACUUACACGUGCAUAUGAUGAUAAAAAUUGCAUCGAUUUGUGUAUCUUGUUUUACAAGCUCUUAUAGUAUAAGUACAUUUUAAUUUAAGUAUCCUUGUUAGCAUAAAAGAAUAUUUAUAAUUCCAUGUUUUCGUUGGGUUUGAAAAAAUAUGUACUUAAGAGAAUGUAUAUUUAAACACAGGUUGAAUUUUUUAUUAGUUUGCGUUUUUUUCCUAAUUGUGAACUAUUUGUAAGUAUUUCUAUUGUGAUACUAUAUUGUAUGAUUAGCUAGAACAAAUUUCUUAUAUGAAUUUCUAUUAGAUGAAUAAUUCUAUAUAAUGUAUAUGCACAUGCGUGGCUCACAAAAUAAUGCAUUUACACACUAUACAACACGAUACUAUUCGUAUUUGAUACUAAUAUUGUUUUGAAGGCUUUUCUUGAUACGCAUAUAUAUACUAUAUCUUGCCAAAACCUCAGUGUCAAUACGCAUUGCUUUUUGACUUUUACGGUAUUUAGAAACUAUUUGCGCGGAGAGCGAGUGAAAACAGUUCGCACAAUUCUUUGUUUUUUCGAGUACAACUAUUGAUGAAACUCUAUUUCUAAAUGGGUAUUUUUUACUAAAUCAAUAUUUCUAACGUACUGAUUAUGUGCCAUAAGCAACGUUUGCUCAUCAUAUCUAUUGAAGUGUUACAAAUGCUUCUCUAAGUCCUCUAAAUUGAUCUUUUUGUGUAAGUAAGGUAUUCAUUAACAAGCUGAGACUUGAGAGUAUGGCCAAUCAUUUGAUCAAAACAGUUUAUUAUGGAAUAGAUAUUUUAACUAUUAUACUAUUGUUCAUGUUUUGUUGGCACAAGAAUAUUAAACGCACUGAUCGUGUGCAAUGCGUAAGAGUAUAUAUCAUAAAAGUAAGCGAUAUUUGUUGUUCACAGAAUACCUUCUUUGAACAUAUCUACUCUGUCUUAAUUUGAUUCACUGGAUAAUACUUAAAUAUAGCGUGAUAAGUAGCUUUAAAUUCUUACUUUGUAUAACAAGUAUUUAGUAUACGUUUUAUCAAUGAGAAGAUCUUUACUUGUACUUAAAGAUGAAUACGACGAAAAUAGUGUUUUUAAUCAUAAACUGUCUUUAUAAUAAUUAAUUAUAAUUCUGUUUUCGUAUAAUGUAUUUAAUACAUUUCUGUUGCUUUUGUGUUUUACAUGUUUCCUGUAAAUUAAGGAUGUAAUAUCUCUAGUACCCACGCAAUUAAUAUAGACUUGGCUCAUGUGGACGAUAAUAUAGAGUUGUCCUUUGAGAUUUGUAUUUCAAAGCUUGCGUUCUUCACGCAUUGUGUUCAUUUUAUAUUUAACUCGUCACUGUCUAAGAUAAUGAGUUUUAAAUAUCGUGUGUUUCCCCAAAAAGAAUUGUUUUUUAUAUUGUAUGCACAGAAGUAUGAAAAUGUUGGCUUCUAAGAUCUAUAGAUUGAUCAGUAUUGUUGAUCAAUUAAAGGUCAGCAUUGUAAAUUCUAAUGCGCUUAAGUAUUUGUGUUUUACAGCUUUUACUUAGGACUAUACAAAAUUGUUAAGAUAAAAUUCGUGAUACCAGAAAUACACGCGAAAAGGACAUUUUUCAGAAGAAAAUAUUGUAAGACUAUUAAUUGUUGCUAUUUAUAACAAAAGUGUAAAAAUAGAAAAAUAGACUUCCUGAUUUUGUUAUGAUUAAUAAUAUUUACAUUUUUCUAGUUUGUAUAAUGAUGAGAACUUCAAUAUUAGAUGAGGUUUCUCUUUUUUAAUUAGUUUGUAUAUUCGUUUAAUAAUUUCUAAUCAUAUGCAGAUUAUACAAGCACACAUUUCUAAUAUAUAAUACAUAUUAAAAAAUUGUAUUGAAACUACAAUCAAAAUCAAUUUGAUCGUGUUAGUAGAAUGUUCCUGAAUAUCAAGAAUAUGAUCUCUAAGGAACAUUAUUGUAAUAUAGGGUAGUUCUGUACAUUUCUACAAUGUACUGCAGAUUACAUUAAACAAAAAAAUGAUGCUUUGGAAUUAAACAUUGUAAAAUAUUGAACGAUUGUGUCAAUUUUGUUCGUUUUCACUUUUACAAAGUCGUUCACUUUAUACAUAAGAAAAAUUAAGAAAAACUACUUAAAGAAAUGUAUAACUUCUUUUAUAUAACAGAUGGUGUAAAUAAAACCUUAU